AUGUACUGGGCUGCUGGCUUCGCCUCUUCCCGGCCGUGCGUGGUUGAACUCGGGCGGAAUCACAGCCUGCCGCUCGGACUGUGCGCCUCCGAGCAGCAGCAGUCUUUGUAUGGCUAUAUCAUCGCCUUCCCUUUGCAGGACUACGGAGGCAUCAUGUCGGUUCUGGGCUCGGACUCCUGGUGGAAGAAGACCCUGUACAUCACCGGGGGGGCCCUGCUGGCUGCUGCAGCCUACCUACUGCACGAACUGCUCGCCAUCAGGAAGGAGCAGGAGUUGGACUCUAAAGACGCCAUCAUCCUCCAUCAGUUCUCCAGGCCAAAGAAUGGCGUGCCCAGCCUCUCGCCCUUCUGCCUCAAAAUAGAGACGUACCUGCGCAUGGUGGAUCUGCCCUACCAGAACUACUUCGAUGGGAAGCUGUCGCCGCAGGGUAAGAUGCCCUGGAUGGAGUACAACCACGAGCAGGCGUCGGGGUCCGAGUUCAUCGUGGACUUCCUGGAGGAGAAGCUGGGCGUCAACCUCAACAAGAACCUCACGCCGCAGGAGCGAGCCGUGUCCCGAGCCGUCACCAAAAUGGUUGAGGAGCACCUCUACUGGACGAUAGCCUACUGUCAGUGGGUGGACAACCUGGAGGAAACGCAGAAGCUUCUGGCGAUGAGCGGCCCUCUGAGCGACACCCUGAAGUGGCUGCUGAGCCACCUGAACAGCAGCAUGGUGCGCAGGGAGAUGUACGGCCACGGCAUCGGACGCUUCUCCAAGGAGGAGGUCUACGCACUGAUGGAGAAGGACAUGAGGACACUGGCCACGCUGCUGGGAGAUAAGAAGUACUUUAUGGGCUCUAAGAUGUCAACAUUAGAUGCUACAGUGUUUGGGCAUCUAGCCCAGGCUAUGUGGACUCUGCCUGGGACACGACCAGAGCAACUCAUCAAAGGAGAGUUGAUCAACCUGGCCAUGUUCUGCGAGCGGAUGCGGAGGAGAUUUUGGCCCGAGUGGUUUGUGGAGGUGGAGGAUCUUUAUUAUGACGGAGACAGUGAGAGCAGCGGCGGCGGCUCCCCUACAGGCCUGCUGGACUUUGGCCUCUUCUCCAGGACUGACACUCUGGACGACAGCGACGCCAGCAGCCACUCAGCCGGACACACGCACACACACACCCCCGACUCCGACCACUCGCUCUUUGACUCGGACGUGGGCACGGGAUCUGACAAUGACAUUCAGCUUAAGGAGGAGUUGAUGCCCGACCUGGAGGUUUGACCUGAGAAUGGCCGUGAUUGGCUGACAGAUUGAGACUGAUAGGAGGCGGGAAAAGUUGUCUCGGUUAGCUUGAUAAAUCAGACAGUGUGGACAGGUUGCCAGACAACAGCUCUCACAGCUGAGGAAACAACUCCAGCUCCUCCACUCAUAAUACUCCGAAUGAUACACCCUCCUGAUGGACAGACUGGGUAUUAAUAUGCAGAGCAUACAAACUGGACCGCAUCAUACACAUGCUACUGUAUGGUUUGUCCCCUCCUGUAACGUCAGAACUGUCCCCGUGGCAGUUUCUCUUUGCCUUAUUUGUCUCGUCCCAAGAUAGA